AUGGCGGCUUCCGGGACUUCCGCGCGUUUUGUGGCCUCGUUGCGCCGUAAUGCUCUCUCAUCUCGUCUAUCGUUGCGCACACAAUGUCUGCGACCAAUAACUCAAGUGCGAUGGACGGGUACUACGUCUGCGAGUUCGGAGCCUCACCAGCCUGACGAGCAUGGUAGUGUAAAGGGUCCGACUGCUUCUUCACAAUCCAUCAAAUUCACCUCGGAGUCGUAUCCUCAUCUCCAAAGAGACUCCAAGUUCACAAAGGUCAAUGGGGAACAUGUGAAAUAUUUCAAGGACCUCCUAGGAUCGGAAUCAGCAGUCAUAGAUGGUGUGUCAAAGGAUGCAUCGGAAGACAUCGAGCCUUAUAACAGUGACUGGAUGCGCAAGUUCCGAGGUCAUACCAAAGUAGUCGUAAAGCCUAGCACUACCGAGGAAGUCAGCAAGAUCCUAAAAUACUGCAAUGAUAAUAUGCUCGCCGUAGUCCCACAAGGUGGUAACACCGGCCUUGUUGGUGGUUCCGUGCCUGUCUACGACGAAAUUGUCAUCAACAUGCAGAGGAUGAACCAAAUCAGAUCUUUUGACGAAGUAUCCGGCAUCUUGGUAGCUGAUGCUGGUGUCAUCUUGGAGAAUGCCGACAACUUCCUCGCAGAGAAGAACCAUAUAUUCCCGUUAGAUCUUGGUGCUAAAGGGUCUUGCUAUAUUGGGGGGAAUGUUGCAACCAAUGCCGGCGGCUUACGUCUCUUGCGAUAUGGUAGCUUCCACGGAAACGUUCUUGGUAUUGAAGCAGUCCUUCCAGAUGGCACCGUUGUAGAUGAUCUUUCUACUCUUCGGAAGAACAACACCGGGUACGACCUCAAGCAGCUCUUUAUUGGUGGCGAGGGAACGAUUGGCAUCAUCACAAAAGUCUCGAUCAUUUGCCCAAGGAGAUCGCCGGCCGUCAACGUGGCAUACUUUGGAUUGGAAAGCUUUGAAAAGGUUCAAAAAGCUUACAUUGAGGCCAAGAGUCAUCUCUCUGAGAUUCUCUCAGCUUUCGAGCUCAUGGACGGUCGCACGCAGAAGUUGGUCAACAGGGUAAAGGGUAAGAAAAUGCCUCUAGAGGGCGAUUACCCCUUUUACUGCCUAAUCGAGACCAGCGGCUCCAACGCAGACCACGAUGGCGAGAAACUGCAAGCAUUCUUAGAACACGUCAUGGAGACUGGAGUCGUUUCCGAUGGUGUCCUUGCUCAGGACCAGACCCAGAUUCAAGAGCUCUGGACAUGGCGAGAAGGCAUUACCGAGUGCCUUGGCCAUGACGGAGGUGUCUACAAAUACGACUUGUCGAUACCCAUCGCAGAGCUCUACGAUCUGGUCAACGAAACGCGCGAUCGCUUAACGGAAGCUGGCCUGCUCGGGAGCGACGCCUCCCACCCUGUUGUUGAUGUUGUAGGUUACGGCCACAUGGGUGAUUCUAACCUGCAUCUCAAUAUCCCAGUAAGAAAGUUCGACAAAGCCGUAGAAAAGAAGCUGGAGCCGUUUGUAUACGAAUGGGUGCAAAAGCGAAACGGCAGCAUCAGCGCUGAGCACGGUUUGGGUGUGACCAAGAAGCCAUACAUUGGAUACAGUAAGAGUGAGACCAUGAUCAAGUUGAUGAAGCAGAUUAAGGAUCUGUAUGAUCCAAACGGCAUCAUGAACCCGUACAAGUACAUAUAG